AAGAAGAAGAAGAAAAGCCAGCAGCAGCAGCAGCAGCUCUCGUAAAAAGAAGUAGCCGUAGUAGUUCUGGGACAGUCCGGUGUCGUGGUCUCGCUGUAACUAUGCCGAUGUUUGUGGUGAACACCAACGUGCCCGGCACCGACGUGCCGUCUGCUCUGCUGACAGAGGCCUCCGAGACUCUGGCUGAAGCGAUGGGCAAACCAUUACAGUAUAUUGCUGUGCAGGUGAAUGCGGACCAAAAACUGUUGUUCGGUGGAAAGGCGGACCCCUGUGCACUCUGCUCCCUGCACAGCAUUGGCAAGAUCACCAGGUCUUCGAACAAAACGUACUCUAAAAUACUGUGUGACCUUCUUCAAAAACACCUGCACAUCUCUGCAGACAGGAUCUAUAUUAAUUUAUAGACAUGGAAGCAGCCAACGUGGGCUGGAACAGCAUCACCUUUGGCUGAAUGGUAGCUCAC